AAAGUCACUUUUUGUCGUACUAAACAUGGUGUUAUGGUAUCUUCCAUGACAGUCUAUUCUGGAAUGAAAAUUUGAAAGAAGAUAACAAAUUAAACCUGAAGAUAAAACAUGCAGUCCCCAACAGGAAGUGCAGACUCCAAAAGUGUUGCAAGCAAGACAUCGAUAAAUGUGAAACUUCCUGACCAUGUUCCCAGUCAGGAGGACCUACAGCGUAAUCCAUCCACAGUGGAUAGCCAGGCAGCACCAGCAGUACAGGAUGACACUUUCCCACCUCACACACCAGAUUAUGGUAUUCGACCACUCACAACUACCCCGGUCAGUUCAAAGGAAUUCCUUAUCCCAGGGUCACCAACUAAAAUGAUGCGACAACCCAACCGAUCAGAGAAAGAACUGAUCCGACAAGCAGCAGCUACUAUUAUAGAAAGAGCAUGGAUUGCAUACAGAGACAAACAGAUGUUUCGACUUCUAAAGCAUGCUGUGUGUGCAGCAGAAAAUUCACUAUCAAAGGAAAUAUUGAGGAAAGUUUGUCCAAAAGAAGCUGAAUUGUUGAGUGACAAAAGUGUUCAAGUACGAGUUCGAUUCAGAUUCGGUGGUGGAGAAUUUCCUCCGAUGAUUUUCUUUAAAGUGUUUAUACACACAGCUGGGAAAGGUGUGAAGUAUAUGAGUGGCCGCAAACUCAUCAAACCAGCAUCCGAGGCCUCCGAGGAUUCCCUGCGAUUAAUGGGUAACAGGCAGUUCUACGAUCAGAUGUUGAGAGACUCUAUUUUCCAGCAACAGUAUAAAAUUACAGACGAAAUAGACGUGACAACACUGAAGGAUUAUAUGCAGUACCUAGCAAAUACCGAUGAAACGCCCGCCAGUAUGGGAGGUAAAGAGAACUACUGGAGAAAGUUAACACUAGAUGAUCUGUCAAGGAGGACAAUAUUUUAUGACAUCGUAGAUUUUCUAUACAACCAGCGAAUCAGCCCACGCCUCCAGGGUGAGAUUCCAAUCCUUAUACAGCGCCCUCUAUCACAGGAGAUCAAAAUACAGCAUAUUAGGGCCAUAUCACAACUGAGGUCAGAGACGGUAAUACUCCAUGCCCCCUUACCAACACCAAAAUCAAAGAUGUCGGGACUCAUUAGCGGUGCCAGUCAACAAUCUAGUCGGCGGUCUCGGCAAGCCAAGCUCAGAGCGAUGAAAAUGAGGAAGAUGUAUGGGAUGGAUAAGCCAUCAGAGUUCUAUUAUGAGACUGGUAGUCGCCUGGACUCACGAGAACCAACAGCUUUAUCAGAGGAACCAGAUGAUUACUUAGACAAGCUUGGAAUCACCGGGGAAGAAGGAGAAGAGGAAGAACAAGGCGAGGAAUGGGAACAAGAGGCAGAGAAACUUUACGAAUGGACACAGGAGUUAUCCUUCAAUGACGAACUGAUCGGUACUCCAUACCUGCCUGUGACAACAUAGCAGGACUUUGUUGCAGAGGAUAAUGAUCAGAUCAGAAAGCCUAUUCACUGAAAACUGAAUCACUGAAAUGUUUUGUGGUCUUCUGUAACCUUAUAAACACAGAAUUUUGUAUAUCGUUUAUUUUUCUUGUUGUUGGAUAUAUCACCUGAAAAUCAUUUGUGAAAUAUGAACAAUCCAAUUAUGCUGGCAAUUACU